CCGGUGAAUGCCUUACAGAAAAAUAGAAAAUAUGAAAGCUAAAGCACCUGUCAAAGCUCAUUGACACCUGAGGGUCGGAUGCUUUCAUAUUCUCAUAAAUGUAGUACAUAAAAUAUUACCGAUGGUCAACAGCCAAAAUGGUGGACGUAAGUGGAUUACCGCCUUUACCAAAGUGUUUUUCUGAGGCGGAGAUCUCGAAUUUAGACAGUGAACAUAACAAAGACGAUCCUCAUCAAAAUUCAAACAAACAAACGCUUGUUAAUGGAGAAAUUAAUGAUUCUAAAGAAUUGGACCACACGAGGUUAAACGGGGUCGUGGAAGAUUCGGGUGUUGACGAGAAACCACGGUCACCCUAUUCAAGGCUAAACAAUGCUUUGUCUAAACUUCGGGAAGAAAUGGCGGGUUUAAGGAGGCUAGACGUUUCUCUCCUGACUCAGUUGUGGUCACUGAAUGAUGCCAUUCACGAGUACAAGUCAGCCAUUCAAGACCGCUUCUCUGAAACCAAUUCUGAAUACUCAUGGGGAAUGAACAGUCGAACAAGUUCAAUGUGUAGUAUUGAUGAGUGUGAUGAUUGGACUGAGGAUCUUCACAUGAAACUGGAUCAUGGUCAGAUAGGAAAUUCUCUUCACAGUAGCACAUCGAGUCUUCUUCAGCAGAUCAAUGAACUCAAGGAGAGAGCCGAGUCCGAAUUUUAGGGGCAGUACAGUUCCACAACAGUAGUAGUGUGUUAACAGUGUACAUACUGGGUAUAUGUUCAAAAUGUAUUAUUGUAAUUAUUUCAUUUUACAAAGGCAGUUUAAAAUUUCCAUUCAACUAAGAAUUAGCUUGGCGGAGGAGAAGAUAUUGGAAAUACAUGUAUUAAGAAAAAAAGAUAUAUGAUUAAAAAAAAAAAAAUGAAAUAUUCUUGGG